UCAGCUGUUCCCCAGACAGAGGGGCAAAAAUCAAUGGCACUCGGUCGGUGUGUGUUUUUUACGCGAGUCUGCCCGUGUUGUGGGUUGCGUUCGGCAGGGGCAGCAUAAUGAGCGGGACGUGAGCACCGACUGCAGGCCCGGACGCGAGGAUGGCGCCCACCGAGUGCUCGAUGAGCUUCACAGAGUCCGAGCACGGCAACUCGAUGCUCGAGAAGCUGCGGAGCCAGCGCGAGGAGGGCCGCUUUUGCGACGUCACCCUCUACGUCGAGGGACGCAGCUUCAGAGCCCACCGUAGCGUUCUGGCCUCGUGCUCGCCGUACUUCGACUCGAUUCUGAAGAUGCACCGCGUGGUGAAGGAGCGGCUGACGGUGACCUGCCAGAACUCGGAAGUUUUCCACUGCCUGAUCAAUUACAUGUACACCGGAAUCGUGCUGAUCGACGAGGACAACGUCGCGGAGAUGCUGCGACUGGCAAACCACUUCCUCGUCUCCAAGCUCAAGACGCACUGCGAGGAGUUCCUCGACAAGAACCUCAGGCUGGACAACUGUUUGCAGACCAGGCACCUGGCCGACAAAUACGACAUGACUGAUUUGAUACGACACGUAGCAAUAUUCGUUAGAGCUCACGUUCACCAGAUAGUCAAGCAACAAGACUUUUUACAAUUCUCCUCAAACCAAAUCCAAGACUUUUUAUCUGAUAAGACUUUGGAGCUAGACGUGUUGACCUUACUGGAUGUUGCCUGCUGCUGGAUCAGCCAAGACCUAACAACGAGGGAAUCCGUGUUCCCAACCCUGCUAGAGAUAGUUGCCGACUGGAGUGGCCUCAGCGAGGAGCAGGUCAGAGGUCACCUCGACUCGCAGGCGCUCUACGCCAACAGCACAGAGUGCCUGAACGCGGUACUCGAGAGUUUGGUGCGCGCCGAGAGGCUGCCCCCGCAAUACCAGCCCACCUACGACGCCCUCAACAACAAAGAAACAGCAACUGUAGAGCCCGAAGAACCCCCUCAAGAUGACGCUCAAGAUUUUAGUGAUGAUCUCCUAUUGAUGGGUCCGCCGAAAGAGCCGCUCUGUGACUCAGUUAGAAAUGAUGAAAGGCCUAAGCACAAACGAAAAUCAAGCACAAUUUCUCACCUCUGGCGGAGUCCGUCUGCGAGGCUGCAGGCUCUGCGAAAAAUUCAAGAGAAGAUGCAGUUGCUGCAAUCCAUGGACAAGCUAGAACUCGACCUGAGCCCAGGGUCUGCGAAUCAGGAAGACACAAACUUGGAGCCGAUGCCCACAGAAUCCGCUCCAGAAACUGAAGAGGAGAUUUUAAGUUGCCAUCUCUGCGACUUUUCUACAAAUGUGGUGGCCGACCUGGAGCAGCACGCAGCCACCACGCACGCUCACGACCUGAGGUACAAGUGCAACAUCUGCGAGUUUACCUGCACCUUCAACAAGGAUUACUACUCGCACAUGAGGGAGCACUUUCCUGGCCCGCCCUUCGUCUGCGACACUUGCGAAUACCGUUGCGACCGAAUCCACCAAGUGCUGUCGCACCGCUUGAGACACUCAGACGAGAAACCCUUCAGCUGCCUCGAGUGUGGUUUCAAGUGCCGCACGAAACCCAACCUGACGCAGCACCAACGGUCUCACUCCGGACAGCGACCAUUCACAUGCGAGGCUUGUGGACGCUCAUUCGGAAUGAAGUCCACCCUGGAGCAGCACCUGGCCACGCACAGCAGCGACAGACCGUACCUUUGCGACACUUGCGGCUUCUCGACAAAGUAUCUCAGCCAUUUAAUUGCUCACAAAAGAAUACACACAGGCGAGGUGCACAAAUGCUCGUACCCGCAGUGCCGGUACACGACCCCGAAACGGUCCCAAUUAGGCUCACACAUGCGCACCCACAUGGGGGUGCGACCUCACACUUGCUCCACCUGCGGCCGUGGUUUCCUUGAAAAGAGCCACCUGGUGCGGCACGAGCGCAUCCACCUGGAGGACAAGCCGUUCAAGUGCUCGCAGUGCGACUACGCCAGCUCCAGAAGGGACAAGCUCAAGGAGCACUUCAACAGGCACCACGGCCAAAACGCCUCGGCCAAGGUGCCGUACAGACCGCGCCCGCCACGCACCAGACUUGCGAAGAUGGACGAGCUGGAGCUGCUUUUGGGGUCGACUGGCCCUUCAGGGUUGCCACACUUUCCCUCGUUUGAGCAUCUCAAGCAGGGGAGCAAACACGUCGAGCUGCUGAAAGGAGGCUCGUCGCAGUCGCUGCCGAUGAUGGGGUUCGGCCAGCAGGCGUUCGUGGAGCCGAUUCGGCCCUUGAUGGGCCCCGGACUGGGCCUGGCCCAAGGGGGCCUCGUCGACUACAGUCUUCAGGCGUGCAUGCCGCUUUUCUAGGCAAAGACUGUAUCGUUUUCUGCUUGUCUUUUCUAGACCAAGUUGUGAGAGGAACCAAAUUAACGACUUAAAACGCAAGCAUUUAGAUUCUCUACUUGGUUUUAACAAAUGCCGGAUGACUCUAAUCGUAAGUUAGAACAAUUAAAAGCUCGACCGGUUCGGCCAUUUGACCAGUGCGCGCGCGAUUAGCUGUCCAUCUUUCUGGGAAAUUUUAUUCUUAAGACGUGUAGUUCGUGUAUUUUUUUAUUUUGGAUGUUCAAACAUUCCCUUCAUCAGAUGGCCGUUCGAGGGGAGAAAAAAUACAGUUCGUUUUUCAAUAAAUAAGGUGGAAACCCUUGAAAAUUGCUCUACUUCAACGCAAUAACAGUUGAUAUUAUGAUGUUGUUCAAAAGAUAAUACAAAACAUGUUAAUUAUUUCUUCUCCGACGUACGUAAAAUUACACACACACACACACACACAAGUCAUGCGCAUUUUCAUAUGAUGGAUACACACACACAUUAUUUAAUUUGGCUCUAGCUCUCUCACCCUUCGGGUUGUCCAUUAUUCCUUUCAGCUUGUUAAGACGGAUCUAGUUGCAGUGUUUCUCGCUCUUUGUAAAUUCGCUGCUCGAUCAAAACACGAUUCAUUAUCAAAAGAUACUCGUAUCGACCUUUGAAAAGUACUAUAAUUAAGUCUCUAGCGCCAGUAAUAACUCCUCACCUCGACCAAACAGUUUCAAAUAAUAGGUUUCAAUGUUACCAAGUAUCAACACGAAAAAACAUACAUUUCGCGAUUCUAAAACAAAAAAUUUUGCUCAAAGGCUUUUGAAAAAAAGUUUUUAUGUGCUUUAAUAAUAAGCUUUGUUCAUAAAUUUCUGUUAGAGCGACAAAAUAACAGCACCUUUGAGAGCUAACGAUGUUUUCAUUUAGCUUCAAGUGCACAAAUUUUCGUGUUAAAAAUGUCCUUAUUACAGUCGUCGGACACGAUUUCAAAAGUGAUUCCGCUCACGCUCGAUUUACAUGUAAUAUGAGAUGCAUAUAUAAGAGUUUUGUGAUUUUUUCGAGUGCCGUUGUCGGUGUGUCUCUUUCUCGCGAACAGCGCAGCAAAAAAUAGUUUUUUCAAUUAUUCUGUUAUUUCGCGCUCGUGCAAUGAUUUUUCACGUUUAAGCCGGCACAAAUAUGCCAAACCGCUGUUAAUACUGCUACAAUGAAAGGAGAAAAGACAUUUUGCCAAAAGAUAUGAAAAAAAGAUGAUUUUAAACGCAUUCAUUGUUGUAUCUGCACACAUACACACACUAGGUUGCCGUCAGUGCGAUCGAUUUUAGGCUCAUUCACUUGGAAAAGGUUUGAAAUAUCAACAUAUAUUUCACUGUUUCAGCAUUGAGAUAAACAAAACACUGUAAAUCAAUUUGCCCUUUUCUCAAAAACUGAAGCAAUUCACCAGGUAUGCGAGGUUAAAAUUCCCUGAACGGUUUGCUUUUCAAUUUUUAAAGAGUGACGAAAUUUUAUGGGUUGGAGAGCAAAAUUGGCAGCAAACUUAUCCAACUUUACAGUUUACACCAGAUCACUAGUCGAUUUUGUCAUAAAAUUAUUCAUUGUCACGGGUUUUACGGGACAAUUAAUGUUGUAAAAUUGUCUCAUCUCCCCCGGGUUCAAUUUAAAAUAUAUGGGGUGAUUCGGAUUCCUCUUGUCGAGACCAAUCAAACUGAUACUAAAUUUGCUGUCCUAGGUCAAGGUCAAAGGUCACUACUGUUAAUUUUGGUUUUUAAUUAAAAUUUUAGUAAUGAGCUCAGGAUUUUGGAAUUGCGGAAAUGAGCUAAAAAGUUUUCCUAUUACACGUGUGAACUUUGGUGAAAUUUCAAUGAAACGCUCGCUUUAAUUUUUGAGGAAAACAAUAUUUUUUACUUUUUAGUUUUGCAAUUAUUGGAAACUCCAUAUCUUGGGUUCUAACGAUCAGAAUUGCAAGAACUAACAUCGUUAGACUCGUCUCGACCUCCCAUGACCAGCUUAAGGGUUUAGGGGGUGCCCAACCUCAUCCCCCAAAUAUUAAACCCCUUAGAAAAAAAGUAAAAAUUUUUAUGACACUAGAAUUUAGUAUUAUUUUAAAUUUGUAUUUUCAAACAAUGUUUAAUUUAGGGCAGUUUUGGAUAAUUUAAAAAAAUUUAAGUAAAAUACAAAAUAUUUUAAGUUAGUAGAAUAUUUCUACCAUUUAAAUUAUAGCAGGGGGGUGAAAGUGGUGGAUCGUAAGCACCCUCUAAACCCUUCUCCUGGUCAGGGGAAGUCGAGACAAAUCAAAUGGUGGGUAGUUUUUGCAAUUCUGAUUGCUAGAACCCGAGAUUUAGAGUUUGCAAUAUAUGCAAAGAAAAGAAAAGUCGAAAAAUUCGUGUCUUUCGAGUUUUGGAGUGAAAUAUUUCUUACAUUUAAGAGCACAACAAAUUGAAAUUUUCAAAAAGUUCCACACAAUAUCAUAGAACAACUUUUAAGCAUGUUGAGCUAAUGGAUUUCCAAAUUAUAUUAGAAACCAAAAUUUACAGUGGUAACCUGUGACUUCAAACCCGUAAAAAUGUCGAAAUAUUUAUAUGAAAGAAUCUGCAAGCCAAUUUUUUCCUCCAACCUGUGACAUUUCGUUGUGAAUUCUUGUUCAUUUACAACUUUGUCUAUAACAUUAAGCAAUUUGCACGCAAAUCCUGGUACUUCCUCUUUCUCGCUGAUUUAAAAUGAAGCUGAAAAUUAGAAUCGGGAAGGCAAGGCAUGACGCAUUAAAGAAGUGGCUGUAAUGGAAAGUGAUAUGAACUUAAAUAUUGUGAUUCAAUAGAGAUGUAGCAGACUUGGCUUUACUUGGCAUGAGGGUAAUUUUUCCAUACACUCGUCACUCACAAAAACGAAAACAUAAUACACUCAAACACGUCGUCACAUUCAAACACACUAUAUUAAAAUUUAAGUUGUUCUAUAAUUCAAACUAAUAUGGAUCGAAGAUAAAAAGCAGCACAUUCACGUUAUUUUCAGUGUCGACUUUUAUCUAAAACUUUUGCCGACGAAUGGUAUCCAAGUGAAGAAAAAAAAACAACGCGACGCCUGGCCGCGAAUUUCCAGGCGUCUUAUUGUAUUGAGCAACAACCAAUUAUUGUAAUUAUAUACCACCCGAAAUUAAUUACAUAACAUGAAAAGCAUUCACUCAAAUUAUUAUUAAUAUUAUAAAUACCAUUAAAUAGUGUCUUUCAAUAUUUCAAACAUUUCCAAACGGUUUCAGGAUAUUAUAUUAUUAAAAAUAACGUCUCGUCUGCUGUGUAAGUUUCUAUUUGCAAUAAAUGUGUUCUUGAAAUAAUAAAUUCAAAAGGUCAUUAUA